AUGAAAUUAUCCAAUGCUCUCAAGGCUGCUGGGUUUCAACAAUCUUUGUUUGAUUACUCAUUGUUCGUCCGAAGUCAUCAAGAAGAAAGUGAGCUAAAGACACCAGAGGGGAGUAAAAACACAGAGGAAGCACCUCAAACAAAUGUAGCACCAAAUCCCGUUUUGUCUCUCCUGAAUGGUAUUGGUAUUUUCAGUUUUGGUGUCCUUGGUGUGCUGUACGCAUUGAUUCGGUCAGAAAAGAAAGCCACUGAUGCCAUAGUCGAAUUUAUGAAGACCAAGCUGAAAGAAAAGGAAGCUGUUAUUGUUUCAUUAGGGAAGAGCUAUGAAUCUAAUUUACUAGGUGAACAGGAAGAACGGAGCAAGCAACUAGCAAAGGCAAAGGACGAGCAAAAUUCUUUAACAAGCCAAUUGAAUUUGGCCGGAGAAGAAAAGGUAGUACUUGAAGAGAAUUUGAAGGAAAAGCAAAACUCAAUUGAAGUCCUACAGGGAAUGAUUGAUUUGCUCAAUUCAGAAAUCAAGGAUAAAGAAACCAAUGUCCGAAGUCUUAGUUCUUCUCUUGCCGAAAAAGAUUUGGAGUUGAGGGACUUGAAAGCUACCUACAAUCAAAUGAGGGAUGAACUAACGAAUGCACUUUCAGAUAGUCAAAUGUUGAAAGAUGAACUCUUGAAAAAUCAAAAGGAAUUAGAAUUGAAGAAUUCCUAUCUCGAUGAAUUGAAUGCAACAGUUAGUUCUUUCACUUCUGAAUUAGAUGAUUCGAAGAGGGAGUUUGAUCAGGAAGAAUACAAUAAUCUGAAAACAUCCUCCUGUAGAAAGGCGGAUUUGGAUGCUAAGCUUUUGGAAGAAAGGGAAGAGAAAUUUCAGCAGCUAAAGGAAAAGCUUGAACUUGCUCUGAGUGACACAAGUAGAAACAAAGAAUUAAAUUCUGAUUUGACCUGA